AUGAAGUACCUGGUUCUCUUCGCAGUCUUUGUCCUUACAAGCGGCGCACCCACAUACGGCCCCCCGAGGCCUUCCGGCAGCGGGGGUUCAGGAUAUCCUAGAUGUAAACAAGGAGAAAUCAUGCAUGUAGAUGGGUCUUGUGUUGUUCCCGAAAUCUCUCAAACAGUUUUCGUUUACGACGCUCCGGAAAAACGCGAAAAAUCGAGUGGCUCGCCCCCAUACAUUCCCCCGCCAAAGGUACAGCGAAGCAUUCUCUUUGUAAACCUUCCCGAGCAGGAUGCCGGACCUGACCCCAUCAUUCUUCCACCGCCAAGGCAAGAGAGCGUCGUGUACGUUCUCAACAAAGGUAAAGGAGACGCGGGACAGAAAGUCAUCGAAGUUACUCCUCCUCCAACCUCAUAUCCUGAAGUCUACUUUGUCAAUUAUGAAGAAGGGGACAAUCCUGUACUUCCUCUUGGCGUGGAUCUUCAGACUGCACUCAGGGCAGCUGCUGAAGCCAGGGUUCAAGGCUCCGCUGGUGGAGCAGGAUUUGGUGGAGGCGGUGCUGGUUCCGUUGGUAUUAUCCGAGGUGGAGGAGUAAGUGGACAGAAUGGAGGCCUAAGCAACGGCGGCGGAGCAUACAGGCCUCCUAGUAAUUCCGCUGCGGCCGUUUCCACUUCAUACGGAGCGCCGUGA